AUGCCCACCAUUUCGGUCGAUAAGGCCGCUCUCUUCCAGGAGCUGGGCCGAGAAUAUACCACGGAGGAGUUUGAUGAGUUGUGUUUUGAAUUCGGAAUUGAACUUGAUGAGGAUACUACCAACUCGGACCGCCCUAUCGUCGACGGAAAGCAAGAGCCACCGCAACUCAAGAUCGAGAUUCCCGCCAACCGAUAUGAUUUGCUGUGCUUCGAGGGUAUUGCGCUCAUGCUGAACAUCUUCUUGGGCCGGGUCUCCCUCCCCGAGUACAAAUUGACUCAACCAGCAAAGAUGGAGCAAAUUAUUGUGAAAGAGGAGACCACUCAGAUCAGGCCCUACGUCGCAGGUGCUAUUCUGCGAAAUGUCAAGUUCGACCAGGCUCGUUAUGAGUCCUUCAUCGCCCUCCAGGACAAGCUUCACCAGAACUUGGCGCGUGGACGAACUCUCGUCUCAAUCGGUACUCACGAUUUGGACACUGUCCAGGGCCCCUUCACUUACGACGCGAAGGCCCCUAAAGAUAUCAAGUUCACUCCCUUGAACCAGACCCAGGAGAUGAACGGCGAGGAGUUGAUGAACUUCUAUGAAAAGCACCAACAGCUGGGCAAGUACCUGCCCAUCAUUCGCGACUCUCCGGUCUACCCAGUUAUCUACGACUCUAAGCAGACUGUUUGCUCCCUGCCCCCCAUCAUCAACAGCGACCACUCCAAGAUCAACCUGAACACCACCAAUGUUUUCAUUGAAAUCACAGCUCUUGACCGGACAAAGCUUGAGAUUGUGAACAGAAUGAUGGUUACCAUGUUCUCUCAAUAUACCUUGGAGCCAUUCACCAUUGAGCCCGUCCAGAUUGUGUCUGAGCAUAACAACGAGACUCGUAUCACCCCCGAUAUCGCUCCUCGCACCGCGCAGGCUGAAGUCUCGUACAUCAAUCAGUGCUGUGGCCUGGACCUCAGCCCUGCCGAUAUCUGCACCAAGCUCACAAAGAUGGCUUACCGUGCCAAGCCCUCAACUACCUCUCCGGACAUCAUUGACGUGGAAAUUCCCCCAACCCGUGCCGAUGUUCUCCACCAGUGUGAUAUCAUGGAAGAUGUAGCCAUCGCUCACGGUUUUAACUCGCUCCCCCGCGCAUUCCCCGACAUCUCCGGCACAAUUGCUCAGCCUCUUCCCAUCAACAAGCUUACCGACAUUGUUCGCGUGGAAACUGCCAUGGCCGGUUGGUCCGAAGUGAUGCCCCUCAUCCUGUGCUCGCACGAUGAAAACUUCGGCUGGUUGAACCGCAAGGACGACGGAAACACCGCUGUCAAGCUGGCCAACCCCAAGACUACCGAGUUCCAGGUAGUCCGCACCAGUCUGCUCCCUGGUCUCCUGAAGACCAUCCGUGAGAACAAGCACCACUCCGUUCCUAUGAGGAUCUUCGAGGUCAGCGAUGUUGCUUUCAAGGACAUGUCCAUGGAGCGCAAGAGUCGCAACGAGAGACACUUCGCCGCUGCCUUCUACGGCAAGAGCGGUGGCUUUGAGAUUGUCCACGGUCUUCUUGACCGCAUCAUGGCUAUGCUCAAGACCGCUUUCAUCACCGGUGAGGAGGGCCUUGAGAACUCUGCCGUGAAUGACUCCCAGUAUUAUAUCAAAGAGACUGACGAUGCUACCUACUUCCCUGGCCACGCUGGUUCCAUCCACAUCCGCAUUGGCGGCAAGGACCAAGUGAUUGGCUCCUUCGGUGUUCUCCACCCCACUGUGUUGGAGAAGUACGAGCUUAAGUACCCAGUCAGUGUUGUAGAGCUCAACGUGGAGGCUUUCCUGUAG